UGAGGCUUUCAUACUUUUAAGUUCCGGUUGCGAUUUGUGUGAGAUCCCCGGAGUUGUAAUGCUUUCGUAAUGGGCCUUUACAUCAUUUAUUCGAGGUAUUUCGUGCAUGAAGUUAUCAAGGGUGCACCAUACUAAAUGAUUUCAAGUGUGCUAAUAAGAAGCACCACAAUCAGCUUCUGUCGAUGCUGUUCAAUCAACGACAGGCAUUUCGUAACAUCACGCACGUGUUCGUAAGGUUUUUCUUUAACUCAAACAAACCGCAGCUCUGCUGCAAGAAGUUGCCCAAUACCAUGAAGCUGGACACCCCGCAGUUUAGGGCGCUUUUUAGCCCCGAAGUAAAGGAACUGGUGGAAAUCUUCAAACGUCACGGACACGAACUUCGUAUAGCUGGAGGUGCAGUGCGAGAUCUCCUGAUGCACAAACAACCUCAAGAUCUUGAUUUUGCAACGACAGCAACACCAACACAGAUGAAAGAAAUGUUUGACAACGAAAGCGUACGCAUGAUCAACACCAAAGGUGAAAAGCACGGCACGAUAACUGCUCGUAUCAACGACAAGGCCAACUUCGAAGUAACUACCCUGCGCAUCGACGUUGUAACAGACGGGCGGCACGCGGAGGUUGAGUUUACAACCGACUGGGAAACCGAUGCCAACCGCCGUGACCUAACUAUAAAUGCCCUGUUUCUCGGUUUGGAUGGCACUGUGUAUGAUUAUUUUCACGGCAUCGAAGACCUCGAAAAAAGACGGGUGGCAUUCGUGGGUGAUCCCGCUCAAAGAAUUCGCGAAGACUACCUGAGAAUCUUGCGUUACUUCCGUUUCUACGGACGAAUAGCUGUGGAACCAGACUCUCAUGACCCUGGCAUUCUGACGGCAAUACGGGAAAACGUUGGUGGCCUUGCGGGAAUCUCUGGGGAAAGGCUGUGGACGGAACUGAAAAAAAUUCUUGCCGGAAACUACAGCAAAGAGCUCGUGGGACGUAUAAUUGACCUGGGCAUCGCACCAUUUUUAGGAUUGCCAGAUUCUCCCGACUGGAAUCAGUUCGAGAAAGUCUGCAGACGUUCGCACGGCCUCGCCUUGCAGCCUGUACCACUGCUGACAGCAUUAUUAAAAGAUGAAAGUGAGGUCAUGAAACUUCAUUCCAGGCUCAAAUUUUCAUCUUACGAGAGGGAUUUGGCACUAUUUAUAGUUCAGCAUCGUGAAAACAAAGAGGACGCUUCUCUGAAGCCCUACCAACGUCUACUGUUUGUGACAAAAGGGAAAACUGGAGAUGUUCAAGAGUGGAUCUGCGAGUUGCUAAAGUAUGGCGGCCACAGGGAGCUCUUGGAAUCAUUUCGGUGCUGGGACAUGCCAAAAUUCCCUGUCAAUGGUACCAUGCUCCUGGAAAGGGGCAUGCGAAGUGGCCCAAAGUUUGCAGCAGUGCUGGGAAAACUUAAAGAGUUGUGGUUCGACAGCGAUUUUAGUUUAACGACUGAAGAAUUGCUAGCAAAGUUGCCGGAUGUAUUGAGGGAUGCUAAAGUGGGAAAGAAUGGUUGAAGUUGAAACUGUCAUUGAAACAAUCUGUAUAGCAAUGUUUCUGGUAGCAGUAGUCAUCUGUGAUGAUUAAAGAGAAAAGAAUGUUA